UACAUUUUAUAUGGGCUCGUGCACAUAUGUCACGUCAGUCAGCGUCAGUGAUAGCAGCGCAGCAUGUGAUUUCAGCAACAUGGCCAACAAUAAGCGACAAGGACAGCUUGAUCUGAGGGACUACUUCGGCUUUAAGAGGACAAAAAGUACCACCGAAGAGCAGGAUAAUCAUGGCGAGGAAGCAGGAAGGAGAGCAGAGGAGCCUAGAGCUGGAGAAGGAACAGACAGAAACAUGACGCUCCCCAAGGCUGUAGCAACUCUCAGUCGGCAGGUCCGUGUGUUGAAGUCCAUGGCAGAGCAGCCUGGACCAGCGGCAGAAGUGGCUCAGACUGCAAUGGGUUUGAAGCUAUUCAAAGGGGUGCCACUGACAAAUAAUUUAAGACACAGCAGAGAAAUAAACCACCAACAUUUCUUUCAUGCUUUGGCUGCUAAAAUUGAAUCAAGAAUGGGAUCACUGCCUGGAAAACAGAGAAGCAAAGAAGAGUACCAGAGCUUUCUUAACAAUGUCAAAGUGCUGCAGCCAUCAAACUGGCCAGAUGUGUGUGGUGUUCGUUAUGCCGAAAAGGAAAUACAGGAACUCUGCUCCUUUUUCAAGCUUGAUAAUGGCAGACAAAUUCAGAGAGGAAUGAGGGAAUAUAUUGAUAUGGUGAAACUCAAAUCUGUUGGUGAAAUGACACCACAAGCACCAGAAGAGCUAAAACCCCUCCUUCAAGCAGUGAACACACUGGUCAUCUCCACAGCUGAGUGUGAGCGUGGGUUCAGUCAGAUGAACAUUUUAACCACAACUAGAAACACGCUAGAGGUGAAAAGUAUGUCAGCCUUGCUUUUCAUCAAGUGUGUCGGCCCUCCACUACAAAUGUUCAAACCAGAUGUUUAUGUCAAGUCUUGGCUUCAAAGUCAUUGCUUGGCUAAUGAUCUGAGAGCAAGAGCCCGGAAAGUUUGCAUUAAAAAACAUGAUUACGAAACUCUCUGGAAGCUUCUAUAAGAUACUGUAGGGGAGAAUGGGGUAGGUA